AUGCAGAGGCCCAGAGACCUGGGCCAGGGCCAGGAGUGGGUCUGCAGGCCCUUCACCCACGUCACCUGCUACCCGAUGGCCGUCCCAAGGCCCUUCACCCAUGUCACCUGCUACCUGAUGGCUAUCCCCAGCACCCUCACCCACGUCACCUGCUACACGAUGGCCGUUCCCAGCACCCUCACCCACGUCACCUGCUACACGAUGGCCGUCCCCAGGCCCAUCACCCAUGUCACCUGCUACACGAUAGCUGUUCUCAGGCCCUGCCACAGGGACAAAGGGGCCACCCUGAUGAGGGACGGGAAUCUCACUGACGUCGCCCCCCCUGCUCAUAGAGGAUGCAGGCCCACGGAGGCGUCCUCGCCCGUCCCUGAGAAUGACCUGGUGGGCAUCGUGGGGGGCCACAGCCCCCCCGGGAAGUGGCCGUGGCAGGUCAGCCUGAGGGUCUACAGCUACCACUGGGCCUCCUGGGUGCACACCUGUGGGGGCUCCCUCAUCCACCCCCACUGGGUGCUGACUGCCGCCCACUGCAUUUUCCGGAAGGACACCGACCCGUCCACCUACCGGAUCCACGCUGGGGACGUGUAUCUCUACGGGGGCCGGGGGCUGCUGAACGUCAGCCGGAUCAUCGUCCACCACAACUAUGUCACUGCGGGGCUGGGUGCGGAUGUGGCCCUGCUCCAGCUGGUGAGCCCCGUGAUCUGUGCCGCUAAUGUCAGGACGGUCAAGCUCUCCCCGGUCUCGCUGGAGCUCAUCCCAAAGGACCAGCGCUGGGUGACUGGCUGGGGAGUGAUCAGGAUGAAAGAGUCGCUGCCGCCGCCCUACCGCCUGCAGCAGGCGAGUGUGCAGGUGCUGGAGAACGCCGUCUGUGAGCAGCCCUACCUCAACGCCUCAGGGCACACUGGCGACCGGCAGCCCAUCCUGGAUGACAUGCUGUGUGCCGCCAGCGAGGGCUGCGACUCCUGCUACGGUGACUCCGGCGGCCCUCUGGUCUGCAGGCUGCGGGGGUCCUGGCGCCUGGUGGGGGCAGUCAGCUGGGGCUACGGUUGUACCCUGCGGGACUUUCCCGGCGUCUACACCCACGCCCAGACCUACGUGCCCUGGAUCCUGCAGCAAGUCGGGGAGUUGCCCUGA